AUGUCGACCGUCGCUCUUCGUGUCACGACGUGCAAAGACAAGGGCGCGUCCGUUCGGGGUGCAUCUCUCCGAACCCGGGUGAACCCUGCGCGAUCCCCCAACCGCCCCUACUGGACGCCACCCUCGUUCUCCGGCAGGAAGCUGGUCGCACUCAGGGCCGGCGACGAUGAGGCCGGGUUCAAGAAGGCAAAGGACGACGACGAGGACGUGGGCGGGGAUAACGCCGUGCAGGACGCCCUCGCCUCAGAGCUCAAGUUCCAGACGAAGCUGUACCAGGCGCAGCAGUACAUUGAGGGGAAGAAGGAUGAGUUCAUCCAGAAGGGAGAGGAGGGCAAGGAGAAGUUGGACGCGGAGGCCAAGGUGUUCCGCGACAGGGCCAACCUCGAGCUCGGUUUGAAGGCGAGCGAGAUUGACGAACAGCUGGCCGAGAUGCUCGACGAGACCGCGGCGGCGAGGGCGAGGAACGAGAGGGUGCAGGCUGAGCUGGCCGAGCUCGAGGAGCAGCUCACGGGGACGUCCAGCGGCAGGUUCCGCAAGGCCCCGCCGAAGACCGCCGCGCCGAAGACGAUAAGCGCCAUGAAACAGGCGGCGAUCGAUAAGGAGGCGGCGGACGUGGACGCGCGCAUGAGGAACACGCUGGAGGAGACGCAGAGGAAGAGCGCCUACACGCUCAUCUUGCUGCUGUUGGUGGUGACGGACAUCUCGCUCGUCGCGGAGGGCGCGUGGGACAAGUUCUUCGCCAUCGGCUGCGUCAUCGCGCUGGUCGGGUAUCAGGCCAACAACGAGCGGCUCAACAAGUGA